GCCUUCUACUCUUACGUAAUAUGUAUGUACUUUUAAGUAGUAUACUAUUUAGGCAUACUUUAGUGUGUAGGCGUACACUUAAUGACUAAUAACAUAAAAAAUGUACUGUAAAUAGUAUUAACUAUUAAAAUUUAAAAUGCUAUCUGUUCUAUAAAUGCUUUGUAAUCACAUCUAAAAUAUUAAUAAGUUAAAAUUAAUGAAAAUCUAGAAAAUCUGGAAUGUUGCCAGUUUGUAAUGCAGAGACUACAUCAAGAAAAAAAAAAGAUGUCUUGAUUUAAAAUUAAAAUAUAAAAAUAAAAAAAAAGCAAAGGAAACCAGAAAUUAUAUUAAAAAUCAUGAACUGCACACAGACUACUGCUAUCAAAGUUCCUGUUGGGCACAUUUUAGUGAAUUCUAGAUGGUCCAGAAGUGAUAUAGCUAGUGCUUUACAGGCUACCAUACCAGUGCAUACUGAGCAGACAACAAGUGCAGUAGAUUUUUACCCCUCUUGUAAUACAGGGGUAGUGUACAUCUCUGAGGCAGACAUUAUUGAAGGAUGUGCAUAUAAAAGAAAAGUUGCAAGAUUGCGAAAGGCAAAAAAUCUACAUGGUAUAGUAAUUGUGGAGAAAACACUGACAUCAUCACAGUACUUCCAUGACAUCCAAAAAUUCUGUGUUACUGAACUUGGCCUUGACCUUAUCCCAGUGAGCAAUCAAAAGGAAGCUGCCAGCUUUUUGAUUCAGUUGGUUUGUAUGGAAAGUCACCUGGACAACAACCCCUACAUGAAACCUUCAGCAGCCCAUUGCAAAGAUCCAGCUGUACUAACCACUCUCACAUCAUGUCCUGGGUUGGGCAGCACUAGAGCAACAGCUUUGUUAGAAAAAUAUCCAAGUAUUAAUGCAGUAUGUAAGGCUACAAUACAGGAGCUAUCUGCAGUCAUAGGAAAAGCCAGUGCCUCCAAGCUGUACACUUUUCUACAUGAUCCUACUCAACAAAAAUAAAGAAUGUUACAAGAAAUUCAUGUUUCUGACCUUAUCAUUUUUAAAGCAAACUUGUGCCAAGUAGAAAAGUCUUGCCACACAUAGAUAUCAACAUAAUGUUAGCUACAAAAUAUUAGUCUGAUAUCUCUUUAUAAAAAUAAACUAGACGUUUAUUUAGCAAACUUUAAGAUGCCAGCCUAUUGUAUAAAAACAUGGAUUAGGUUCCUUUAAAACUAGUAGGCCUAUGUUUAUUUAGCAGACAUCUGGUGUUUGCUCCCUUUAUCCAAUCAUUCUUUUAUUAAAUUUAUUUACCCUAGGUCCAUAUGCUCAGCCUCUUUCCCUAUUUAUUAUACUACAUAUCUGUUUGUAUUCGAAAAAUUAAAUAUAAUUUUAUUU